GAUGCCGAACCAGAAGGGCGGCAAGGGCAAGAAGAACAAGCGCGCCAACAGCAGCGGCGACGAGCAGGAGAACGGGGCGGCAGCGGGCGGCGGAGCCGCGGCGGCGGCGGGCGGCGGCGCCGCGGCUGGCGGCGGAGCCGGAGCGGCGGCGGCGGGCGGCGGCGGCGGGGCGGGCGGCGGAGCGGGCGGCGCGGCGGCCGCGGGCGGCGCGGCGCCCGGAGACGUCAAGAGCGAAGCCCCUUGUGCUACUCCACUGAUCUGUAGCUUUGGAAGGCCGGUGGACCUGGAGAAGGAUGAUUACCAGAAGGUUAUAUGCAACAACGAGCAUUGUCCGUACAGCACUUGGAUGCACCUUCAGUGCUUCUACGAGUGGGAAAGCAGCAUUCUCGUCCAGUUCAAUUGCAUUGGCAGAGCCAGGAGCUGGAACGAAAAGCAGUGUCGCCAAAACAUGUGGACAAAGAAGGGAUAUGACCUGGCUUUUCGCUUUUGCUCCUGUCGGUGUGGGCAGGGUCAUUUAAAGAAGGACACUGACUGGUACCAGGUGAAGCGAAUGCAGGAUGAUAAGAAGAAAAAAUCAGUGUUGGAGAAGAGCACGGGAAGGUCGAUGGCAGAGUCAGCAGAGGAGGCCAAAAAGGGCAGGCCGGCCAACAAGCCGCAGAAAGGCUUGAGUAAUGACCUCCAGCGAAGGCACUCGAUGGACAGGCAGAACUCCCAGGAGAAGGGCGUCAUGGGCGGCAGCUACGCCGUUCGUUCGCCUUGUGUCUCUCCCGGCCAGUCCCCACCCACUGGCUACUCUAUUCUUGCCCCCACGCAUUUCAGCGGCCCUCGUUCCUCGCGAUACUUAGGAGAGUUUUUGAAGAACGCCAUUCACCUGGAGCCCCAUAAGAAGAACAUGGCUGGUGGGGGCAUGUUCAGGAACGCGCAUUUUGAUUACGGGGCAGCUGGCUUGCAAGCACAUAGAUCAGGACACUUCGAUGCCCCUGUGCAGUUUUUGAGAAGGCUCGAUCUAUCUGAGCUGCUUACUCACAUCCCCAGGCAUAAAUUGAAUACUUUCCAUGUGCGGAUGGAAGACGAUGCCCAGGUGGGCCAAGGGGAGGACCUUCGGAAGUUCAUCCUUGCUGCUCUUAGUGCCAGCCACAGGAACGUUGUAAACUGUGCGCUAUGCCACAGGGCGCUGCCAGUGUUUGAACAGUUUCCGCUGGUGGACGGGACCCUGUUCCUUAGCCCAUCGAGACACGAUGAGAUUGAAUAUGAUGUUCCCUGUCACCUUCAAGGAAGGCUUAUGCACCUCUAUGCUGUUUGUGUAGACUGCUUAGAAGGGGUUCACAAAAUUAUCUGCAUUAAGUGCAAGUCCCGAUGGGAUGGAAGCUGGCAUCAGCUGGGAACUAUGUAUACCUACGAUAUUCUGGCAGCAUCUCCCUGUUGUCAGGCUCGACUGAACUGUAAGCACUGUGGGAAGCCAGUAAUAGAUGUACGGAUUGGCAUGCAGUAUUUCUCUGAAUACAGCAACGUCCAGCAGUGUCCUCACUGUGGAAAUCUAGACUACCACUUCGUGAAGCCAUUUUCUUCAUUUAAAGUUUUGGAGGCUUAUUGACGAAAGCUUUGCUUUAGUAAUAGCUAUUUUAUGGGUAUUUCAACUUUAUUACAUAUCUUUUUAUAGGAUUCAUUCUGUGAUGAAAUUUAAUUUCUUUUCUAACUGAAAGAGCAGCUUCUUUGUCUGUGUACAUAUUAAUAUGUAUAUAUACAUGUUGUUAAAACCAGAAUCCUCCUGACAAGAUCUCUGUGAAGGUUGGAGGCAAGCCAAUUUAAUGGCCUUUGAAUAUAUCCCGAGUGUGGGGUAAAGUUCAGCUAAAAAUGAUUUGGUUUUAUUUUUUUGUAUAAUUGUAAUACAGUUUAUAGGAAGGGUGUGGGGAGAGAUACAGGGCAGAGAAAUAUGUCCAGUUGGAAAGUGGGUAAUUGUGUAGGGUUGUAGUCCCUCCAGCUUGGUGGAAAUGGGAAAUCCUUGGAAAGAAACCGUCCUGUUACUGUUGAAUUCAUUCAGCCUUUCGCAUCGGUUCCCACGGGUGCAGGAGCUGGCCCUGUGCUGCCAGUCACCCCAGCAGGCUUUCUUCCAGAUUUCCCAAGACGGAGUAACCUAAGGUAUUGUGACAAGUGAAUGUAAAUGUAUGCCAGAAAAUGCAAUCUUGAAAUGAAUUUUUUUUUUUUGGCGUAGCGUCUUCCUGCCGUGUGCGUUUGACGUGCGUUGCCCUCACUGACGGACCGUACAGCAAUAGUACUGCUUCCACCGGGGCUGUCAUGUGCCCAGCCGGGUCAUCUGUUCAUACCAAAACAAGCUGGAGAUCUUAAAAUGCUUUAUUUAAAGGUGUUUCUUCACAGACAUUUGAGGGAAGAAACAGGCUGAGCUGAAUGGGGAUGUGUUUGUAUGUGUCUGCUGGGGCUGAGGCUUUGCUGCCUACUGCGGACUGGUUUGACUGGUGUGGAAGGAGGACCAUGAAGUGGGAUCUGGGCCGUCAGACCUGUAAGAGCUGAGAGGUACUGAGUACGAAACAUGGCAUCGCUUUUUAAAACAAUUAAUUGCUGCACCUUUGUCUGUCAAAAUUGCGUUGAGGCCAGGAUCUAAAAACUUGGAGACUUUUUAAGAAAGCAAACUUAGCGUAUUUACUUUCUACGUGCCUCUGUGCUGUACAUAAUAGACUAUGCAUUAGGCAGUGAAUUUGUAUCACAGGGCUUGGCCCUGUAGACUCUGCAGUUGUUGUUUCUUUGUUCCCAUUUCUCCCUUCCUUAAAUAAAAUUUUUAAAAUAGGUCAUUAAUCUUUUGCUUGGUUUCUCAAGCCAAUUGAGAUUUAGAGGAGGUUUGGGUUUUUUGUUUUUCUCCAUAGUGUAUUUAUGGAGUGUUUGUCCACUCGAGAGGUGUGGGUUUUGUUUCUGUUUACAAGGUGGGAUUAUUUUUUGUUUCUUCUGAAGUUUUUUUUUUUCCAAAUUAGAAUCUUUUUAAAGAGUGUAUCUGUUGAGAUCAUGAUCUUGAAAAUGGCCCUGAUACUCUGCCACCCUGGGAAAGAAAACAAAAAAGUCAGAAGCCAAAAAAGUGUUUCAUAUGCUGGACUGAGAAUUAUGCUAAGUUAAGAAAUCAAUGUGCACAUAAAACUCGGAACUGAAUAUCCAUGUUUCUUUGUGCAUAAGAAUGCCAAGCUCACAGUUUUAUUUCCUGGUUGUCUUCACUGCAGAAUUAGCUCCUUUUAGCAUUAGCCAGUCUUCGAGUAAUACCCAAGCUGCACAGAGGGCUUAUGUUGGCACAGAUGACUUACUGCUAACUUGAGUGGUAAUGUCCUUAGAAGCCAGCCAGCUCACGUUAAUGGUUUUCACAUCUGGACUGUCUAUCUCGUACAGUUACACUGGUGAUCCGCUGCUGGUCUGAACAACAAUGUUAGCAGGCUGUGGUAGCCUUCAUCACCGGCGCUCCCCUCCUUCUGUCCUCGCUCCUGGGCUUGGUUUUGGGUCUGGAGCACAUCCUUGGGAUUUUGUGCAGUUGUUCCCUGUUUGUGAAAGUUUGGGGAAAACUUGUUUCCUUUUUGAGGAGAAUUACGGGAAGGACUUUGAGAGACUUCUAACAGUGUCCUGGUGUGGCUGCCACAAACGAAGUUACACCAAGCCCAGUUGCAGUGGGACCAGCACUGUAACCAUUGCCCAUAGGAGCAGGAGCUGGCCUAGGCAUACCUGGGCUGAAAGGUGUCUGGCAGAUAAAACCUGGUUAGCUGUGCAGUGUAGACUUCCCUUAUGGAGAACAAUCAAAUUAUAAAUUGAAUUAACUCCUCAGGGAGGAUGAGCCCUUCAGCUUUGAUGGUGUGUUGAGCAACCUGAUGGAGUUAGGGUGGCUAACAAGGUUUGGAGCUGCGUUGCCUGGCAGUACUGUGAAGAACCAGACCAGAUAGACAACGGCUAGACUGUUCCAGCGGCCUGAAAUCACACAGCAAAGACAAAGUUCCUGUAAUGAGAAAAAUUAAAGGAUACAUCUUUUACGGUAGUGUUUGGUCUUGAGUGCAAGUCACUCAUGCCAUGAGUCUAGGAUGUUAAUUCCCACAUAGGCUACGUGGCAUUGUGUACCCACGUUUUCGCGCACUCGGCGAGGGGAGGUGUCACUGUACAACACACAUGGUAGGGGAGAAGUGGGAUCUGGAGUUCUUCUAAAUAGUUGUUCAUUUGCUUUCCUUAGAGUAGCUUAAUUUAUAAUUCUGUUCUUUAAGUACUUAGAUGCCUCUCCAGACAUGUAUGUGUGACAAUCAAGAAUGAGUAGACAUGGAAAAAGGGAAUUUGGCCAGCUUUAAAAAAACAAGUGUAUGAAAGUUUGUACAGUGUAUUCAAGUCAAAACCAAGAAUGCAGCAGACUGAGAAAAUGGGAAGGGGAAAGCAUAUUUAAAGUCUUAACAGUGACAAGGAGUUACAUACAAAUCUAUCCAAGAAAACAAUUUAGUUCUCCAUCAGCUUUUUCUUUUAAUUCUGCUGUUAAGUGAGUCUUACCUACUGCUUGAGGAAAUGCCUAUUUUCUUGCAAAACACAUCUCUCAACUGGAGGCUAGCAGCACUUGUAGCACUGUAAAAAUGAUCCUCGAUGGAAACCAGCUGAGCUACAGAAAGAUUCCUCUGAACUUCCACUCCAAAGUAAAUUGUCCCUAAUUUGUAGAGAAUGCUUUCCCUGCUUCUUGCUAAUACUGAAAACUGGUCUUGGGUUACUGCAAAAUGCAGUAUUUUCUGUAACAUGCAUCAGAUUCCAGUCAAGCAGUCAGGCCCACCCUUUGGCCAUGAGAGUUUCAACUGGGCUUUGCAUAAGUAGAAAGGCAGAUGUAACUUCUUUGGGACCUAAUGGCUACUUCAGAGGUUAAACUAGACCACAGUUGGUUUGCUUUCUGUCUUGAUGAGCACUGGAAGUAGUCAUGAGCUUUUAAAUGUGUCAAAAGGGAAAUUAUUUCCCUAGCUAGGGAGCUGCUUGCUUUGCUUGUUUGGCUAAAGUUUAUUCUUCAUUACCUUUCAUUUUUCUGAUGCUGUGUGUUCUUUUUAAUCUGGCCUGUGGUCAGAUUAAAUUAUGCCUGAAAUAUGUUUUGUAAACGAGAAUACAGUCCUCUGGAUUUGGAGGUUCAUUCUACUCUUCUUAAGUGCACGAUACUCCUUGUGAUAGUAAUAGGAGUUGCAUGUGCAAAUGGCUUUUCUUUCCAGUAGUUAACUCUGUUUUCCAUAGGAGGGGCUUGCAUUUAGAUAGACUUCAUAUUUUGGAUGUGUAAAAAUGAAUUCAUCCAUCAGUAGGAUGUUUAAAAGUAAAUUUUGAUAAUCGUAACUAACACAAUGGACAUCUUUUACAUGAUGAUGUGUAAUUUGACAUCUACCAAGGUGAACAGCCUGUAAUUCUUGUUCUAUCUAAUGCUGCGGAGUCAUUAAAACUACAGUGUUCUAUAGCCAGCCCACAGACUAUCCUAUAGUCUAUUUGCAUUAACAUCUCCAGUAGUGAGCAGUGUAUUCAUGAUGAAUUUAGUUGGGAAAAUAGGGAAUAUUCCUACAAGGGAGGCAUCUAACCCAAUUUCUUUUUUCUUUUUUUUUCCCCAUGUACUCUUCAUUUUGCUGUACCAGGUAACCGAGGACAAACAUGUUGUUGUAAGGCCACUGGUGAGAAAACCCCUCAAAAAUAUACUUGUCCAUAAAGGUUUCUUGUUGAGACAUUCUUGGAUUGCACUUUUGCAGAUGGAAGAAUAUGUACAUAGCAAAUGAAUGUUGAUGAAAUUAAAAUAAUUGAUUAUGAUAUCAUUUGUGUGUGUUGUUAGAGAAUAUUUUGUUGUGACUUCUCUGUAUUAAAAAGUAAUAAAUACCAGACAGCUAA